CUCCCCUGCGAGGAGCCGAGGGGUGUCGCUAUGCAAAUCAGAGGGCGGGGCUAUGCAAAUUUAGCUGUGCUCUCGCGGCGGGAAGCGGCGGCAGGGUCUCUUCUCACAACAUUCUCGUGCUUUCCCAAGAUGCAGGCAGAUUCACUCCUUCACAGUGGCUAUUUCCACCCUGUGCUGCGCUCGUGGCAGUGCACAGCCACCACCUUCAAUGCCUCCAACCUUAUCUACCCCAUCUUUGUCACUGACAGCCCUGAUGCGGUGGAGCCAAUUGCCAGCCUCCCAGGACAGGCCAGGUAUGGAGUCAACAAGCUGGAGGGGAUGCUACAGCCCCUUGUUGAGGAUGGUCUGAAGUGUGUGCUCAUUUUCGGGGUGCCCAGCAAGGUCCCCAAGGACGAGAGAGGCUCUGCUGCAGAUGCAGAAGACACACCGGCCAUCCAGGCCAUCAGGAAGAUCUGCUCCACGUUCCCACAGCUGCUCAUUGCCUGUGAUGUCUGCUUGUGUCCUUACACUUCCCAUGGGCACUGCGGCAUCCUGCGGGAAGAUGGCACCAUCCAGAAUGAGGCCAGUUGCCAGCGGCUAGCAGAAGUGGCACUGGCUUAUGCCCAAGCAGGCUGCCACAUCGUUGCCCCCUCGGAUAUGAUGGAUGGGCGCAUUGCAGCCAUAAAGAAGGCUCUGAUUUCCAACGACAUGGGCAACAAGGUCUCAGUGAUGAGCUACAGUGCCAAGUUUGCUUCAUGCUUCUACGGACCCUUCAGGGAUGCUGCACAAUCCAAACCUGCCUUUGGAGAUCGGCGCUGCUACCAGCUGCCCCCAGGCGCCCGCGGUCUGGCACUGCGAGCUGUGGACCGGGACGUGCGUGAGGGUGCAGACAUGCUGAUGGUGAAGCCUGGGAUGCCCUACCUGGACCUUGUGCGGGAUGUGAAGGAGCGGCACCCCACGCACCCCCUGGCCGUGUACCACGUCUCGGGAGAGUUCGCCAUGCUGUGGCACGGGGCGCAGGCGGGCGCCUUCAGCCUGAGGGCCGCGGUCAUGGAGGCCAUGUCCGCCUUCCGGCGUGCAGGGGCCGACGCCAUCAUCACGUACUUCGCGCCGCAGCUGCUGCGCUGGCUGAGGGAGGAGGCGGCGGCGGGGCGGGCCUGAGCCGGUGGGCGGG